AUGUUGAAAAAACCAAAUCCUGUGCCCUGGAGAAAUGCGUUAACGAAAAGUAGCAAAUUGUUUGGACUGAGCCCGUUUCUCGAUGAAUACGGGGUGCUGCGUAUGAAGGGUCGCAUAGAUGCUUGCGAGUUUGUAGAAGAGUGCACGAAACGCCCGAUACUACUACCCAGGCGUCAUUCUAUUACAGACCAUAUCAUCUCCGAUAUUCACCAAUGUUAUUGCCACAUUAACCACCAGACCACGAUCAAUGAAAUCCGUCGGAGAUUCUAUGUGCCUAAAUUUCGUUCAACGUAUAAACGUGUGCAAGCGGCGUGUCAGUACUGCAAAAAUCGUAAGUUGAAGCCAGCUGUACCAGAAAUGUCUACCCUUCCAUCCAUGCGACUAAAAGCUUUCUGUCGUCCAUUUUCCUAUAUUGGAAUUGAUUAUUUCGGCCCGAUUUACGUCGUUGUUGGCCGGCGGACUGAAAAGCGUUGGGGUGUUUUAAUCACCUGCCUCACUGUUCGAGCAAUACAUUUAGAAAUUGCCCACAGCCUCACAACGGAUUCUUGUAUUCUUGCCAUCAGGAAUUUCAUCGCCAGGAGGGGCGCUCCACUGGAAAUAAUCAGUGACCGGGGCACGAACUUCAUUGGAGCUAACCGUGAACUGAAAGAAGCGUUGCAGCAGGUGAAUCAUAAUAAGUUGAUGGAACACUUCAUCACUACCGACACUAAAUGGUCCUUCAACCCACCUGGUUCUCCACAUUUUGGUGAUGCUUGGGAGCGUCUCGUUCAAUCGGUAAAAAAAGCACUAGCUCACAUUCAAAUUACACGCAUUCCUACUGAUGAACAGCUGAGAAACAUGUUGGCCGAGAUUGAAUUAAUCGUGAACUCACGGCCGUUGACCGAAUUGCCGCUAGACGAUGAGCUGUCCUUACCGCUCACUCCCAGUCAUUUUCUGCUCGGGUCGUCAAAUGGUUCUAAGCCCCCAGUUAUAUUUAAUGACAGCAGUUACGUUUUGAAUUUGAAUACAUGGAGAAUGUCACAGGCCUACGCAAACAAGUUCUGGGAACGUUGGGUAUCUGAAUAUCUGCCUACUCUAACGCGGCGAACGAAGUGGUUUUGCCAGGUGAAAUCAAUCGAGACAGGGGAUAUAGUCGUUUUGGUGGACGAGAAAUUGCCGAGGAAUUGUUGGCCGAAAGGGCAAGUGGUUCAAGCCAUCCGAUCCAAGGACGGCCAGAUUCGCCGUGCACUGAUACAAACUGUAAACGAAUUAUUGGAGAGACCAGCAGCUAAACUGGCAGUGUUGGAUAUUGGCGCUACCACAAGUACGUCGGAUCAAUGA